UCCAUUCUCGAUCAAUGGCGCCCUCCAAGAAAACAAUGUUGUUUGUGUGCCUAUUGGUUGCUACAUCGGCAAUGGUAGUUCCAGCUUCAGCCCAAUUUGGACUAGGAGAUCUCCUCAAUUUUCUUCGUAUAGGCUCCAUCCAAGGCAUCUUGUUUUGCUCUGGCAAUGGAACUGCCACUGUUAGUUCCAAUGGCACCAUUAUUAGCCCGCCAUUCUCAAAUGCUACGGUCCAACUGCGUUGCGGAUCAGGCAAUGGUACUGUGAUUUCGACUGGGAUUACCAGCUCCACUGGACAGAUUUCAAUUCCGUUGAACAUUCUCUCAUUUUCACUCAGUCAAAUAUUAUCCGGAUGUCGUCUUGUGGUUGCCACCCCACUUGCACAGUGCAACGUCACUCUGCCUUCAGUCGGAACCCUCACAUCGAACUUGAUCCGAAAUGGAACUAUCACUAUCGGCGGUAUCAAUAUCCCCAUUCUCAGUCCAAUCGGAUUUACCUUAACAUAG